GCACACGGUGGUGUAAACCUUGGAUUGAGAAAGGCAAAUUGUUUAAGGUUGCAAAUACAUUGUCCUGAUGUGGAACCACAGGAGGAGCCUAACGAAGGAAAACAUUAGAAGGUUUUCAGCUAAUUCUACCCUCUUAAUGCCUUUAAAAUCUAUUUGAUAUUCAUAUUCUUUUUUUGAAAAAAAACUUAACAAAAAUAAAUGUAAUCUAACCUUAUCUAACCUAAUGACAAAUGAAACGGGCCUUUUGACAGUGGUUUAACUUCCUGCAUGUCUGAGUACAAUAACUGACCACAUCACAAGUAUGCUCCUCCCAGGCAGCGAGAGUGUCUUUUAAACUCAUGUAGCGUUUAAGAGCGGGACAAAUACAUCUCACUACCAGACAAAACCACAGGUACCAACAUGAGAAUAAAUAGGUCAAGAGGACUCAACACAUUUACAAAAUGGCUUCUCCUAUCAUCAGUUGUUCUACUUAAAGGAAGCACAGUGACUGAGUUAGACAAGCCCCUUAGCAAGCCCUCAUCUCAUGGCUCACCUAAUGUAACCAUGAGCAAGAAGUCUUCUCUGCAGCCCACACCAUCACCACCACUUCUUGGCAGCUAUAGACUAACGAAUCCCGAUGGCAAUGUGUGCUUGAAAGCUGUUCUGGGAGUGGAGUACAUGGUAACAGUGAACAAAAAAUUCUACUAUUUCAACAUGAAUCCCCUAGCAACCCAUGCUACUGGAUACUGUGGGAAUCAGACUGCUGUUCUCUCAUUGGAGUUCGAUGAAGGGAAUCUUGAGUUCACUUUUCACAAGGGGUCCAAGGAGUAUUACACCCGUAGGUUACAAGCUCUUUUGGGGCCAAUUUCUGUGUGUGAUAAAUGCAGAAAUCAGUCCUAUCCUGGGACAGUGGACCGUCAAACAUUGUUCAAAACCACAACAGGACUCAGUUUCAAAUGUAAAUCAGAGCUGGUGGUCAAGAUGUCCCCAAACUUUAGGCUUAAAAUUCUGUCUGUACAAUUUCAGCCUUUUGAUUUGGCAAUGGGGCAGUUUGGAAAAGACUUUGAAUGCUGGCAGGACUACAUCAAACGCAUCAUACCCAUUAUACUCGGGGCCAUAGCUGUGGGAAUUCUCCUGAUUGCCACAAUAUCUUACUUAGUUGUUCGUGAAUAUCGCCAUCGGGGUUAUGAAAGCCUGUGAGCCUCACACAGAUCAACUGGAUUUAUGUCUUCCUUUUGUAUCAACCUUCAUUUGAAAUAUUGAAUAUCAAGGGGGAAAAUGGGGAGAAUAUCAAAAUAGCUAUCUCAAUGUAUCAGUUUUCAACAUAAUGUGCGUAGGCCUACAGUAUACGUUUAUCAUCUUUGGCAUAAUAUUUAUGUACAUUUUUUAAAAAUAUUUAUCUGUAUCACAACUGUUACAAACUCAUCCUACAUUGUUCCAGAACAAAAACACUCCACUGUAAUCUUUCAUCUACCAUCACGUUUAGCCUAAAACAGUGAAGCACUACCAUUCUCUGCACAGUGUUUAGGUUAGCAAUUGAAAUGUUUCUGAAAUAAACAUGUGUAAAAGUGAGAGAAAUUACACAGAAAUGUGGCCGUACCAAAAUAAAGUGGUUUUAUUGUGAUUCA